CCCAAGCACUAGAUUACGCCCCUCUUAAUAUUUAUUCAUCGCCACUGAAAACUGAGGAAAGCCAGAAAAGGGUUAAGAGUUUCUCGCUGCGCUGUUUUAAGGGUUUCGUUCGUUAACUGAAGGAAGAAGAAGCAAAGAGGUUGAAGAAGAUGCCAGGCCCAGUUGUUGAAGAAGUGAAGAUUGAGGACCAGUUGAUGGAAGCCAUCAAAGAGCAAAUGAAGCUCGAGAAUGAAGAUGAUGUUGUCGUUGAGGAUGUGAAAGAUGGAGAGGAAGACGACGAUGAUGUUGAUGACGAUGACGAUGAGAACGUCGAUGGAGCUGGUGAUAACGAGAGCUCCAAGCAAAGUAGAAGCGAGAAGAAAAGCCGCAAAGCAAUGCUGAAACUUGGAAUGAAACCUAUCACUGAUGUUAGCAGAGUGACAAUCAAGAGAUCCAAGAAUGUUCUGUUUGUCAUCUCGAAGCCAGAUGUUUUCAAGAGUCCCAACUCCGACACCUAUGUGAUAUUCGGUGAGGCCAAGAUCGAUGACAUGAGCUCUCAGCUACAAGCACAAGCUGCUCAGAAGUUCAAGAUGCCAGACGUUGCGUCUAUGAUCCCUAACGCUGAUGCUUCUGAAGCAGCCACGGUUGCACAAAUCGAGGAAGAAGAUGAAGAUGUUGAUGAGACUGGUGUUGAGCCCAAGGACAUUGAUCUCGUCGUUACUCAAGCUGGUGUCACAAGGGCCAAAGCCGUUAAGGCUCUUAAAGCCAAUGACGGAGAUAUCGUUUCCGCCAUUAUGGAUCUCACUACAUAGGCUUGAGUUUCUCUCUCGAUGGUCCUUUUGCGCUUUUUUUCACUUCAGUUCUCAUUUCGCUAGCAUUUUUCUCAGAACAUCAUUUGUGUUUCUCCACUUUUUUUAAGGCUAUUUUUUCCUUUCUCUGAGACAUAAACAAUGUUUGCUUCAAAUCUAUAAUAUUGAGACAUUUUGUCUAAUG